AUGGUUAACACAGAUAAGGGCUCAUACGGGCAAGUGAAACUUGAAGACGGUCAAAGAAGCAUCGAUACGAGCAAAGGCCACUUCAAGAUGAUAAUAAAGGAAGUCAGAUCAAGGCUUGCCGACCCAAAUGAUGACAAUCACCGAAGCGGGAAGGGGAAAGCAGAAACCGAUCCGAGAUGCAAAUGCAGAAUAGAACCCAAGUCUCUACCCCAGGGCGAUGAAGGGGGGAAGCAAGAGAGAAAGAAGGGGGGGAGGGAAAAGAAGAGAAAAGGGAAUGGGAAGAGUGAAGGGAAAGUAGAGGUAGUAGUCGUGAGUGGUAUCGAAUGUAUUGUAGUUGUUGGAGUCGCAAACAGUAGUAAUAAUAGCGGUACUACCGGGUUUGGUGGGAAAAGGAAAAGGGAAAGGAAACCAACGCGUGUUUCAUUCCUCGUCAGGAACCACGGUGGUAACUCACUGACUACUCCGACUGCGACUUACUUUGGGUGGUACUACGUACUUACUCACUCCUCCCUGCUCUGUCUGAGGAUCGACUGCUACCUUGUCGACUGGCAGAUUGGGUUUUAUGUGAAACCUGGAUCCAUGUCUGGUCUAGAACGAGCAGAGCUAACCUCGGAUGCUCGGAAGAUACCACCCGGCGUGAUGGAAGAGAUGAACCAAGUGGGGCCGGUCGGUCAAUUUGGAUACGGUUUGGACAAUGUUUCGGUAACCCUUAUACCGAUUGAUCCAGAAGUUUGGGUUGAGGAUGACGAUCGGAUAGACUCCCUGGCAUUUGGCUUUCCUUCUUUCAGAAUUCCCAAUGAUGGCUUAAUGCAGCCAGAGGGAAUUGGAAUGUGA